AUGUCCGCUGAGCGUCUGUACAGAACUGAAGAGGAAGUCAGGCAAGCGCGGAUAGAAUACUGCAAGAAAUCGUCAAAAUUCAUCCUGACGAAUGUGGGUCUCGGGGUGGUUGUGAUCGUCUACACAGUGAUUGGGGCUAUCGCAUUCAUGAACCUCGAACAAACGAACGAGAAAAAGCACUGCAUUGAGAAGAUGAACACCUACGAUAAGCAGCAGAACGAGUCCGUCCAAAGUCUCCUAUCCAUUGCCCAGACCUCCAAAAAGAAAGACGAGGCGAUUUUUUUUAUCACAGAAACCAUCGAAACGUUUCGAACAAAUGCAGUGAAGAUUAAGUAUGAUAAUAAGAAUUGCACCAUGAUGGGGGUUGAAGGCGGGCCCGAGUAUGGGUGGUCAUGGAGUGGGGCCCUGUUGUUCUGUGUUACUGUCUACACGACCGUAGGAUACGGAAACAUCACACCGCAGACAUUUCACGGUCGAUUAGUUUGCAUUAUAUAUGCUCUAAUUGGGAUUCCAUUGAUGCUCGUGUUUUUGGCAAACAUCGGCGGGGUAAUGGCAGACGUCUUUCGAUUUGUUUACACAAAAGCUUGCUGCUGUGGUUGCAUCAGACCCAAACCUGAACUCAAUUCGAACGGAACUUCGGAACCUGAAAACCCCGAUGAAUAUGCAGACGACGAGGAAGAGGAAUUGUUGAGCGUUCCUAUCACGGUGACAUUAGCCAUGGUGGCGGGUUACAUAAUAAUGGGUGCAGCUUUGUUUAGCGCUUGGGAGAAGUGGGAUUGGCUCAAAUCUUCUUACUACUGUUUCAUCACCAUAACUACGAUUGGAUUUGGAGACAUCGUGCCAGGAAGUACAAGUACAGAUAGUUUUAGUGGUCAGUUGAAAAUGAUUGGUGCUGCUGUCUACAUGGUGUUUGGCAUGGCUAUAAUGUCUAUGGCGUUUAAUUUGAUUCAAGAAGAAAUGGUGGGAAAAUUUUCAUGGAUUUCUGACAAAUUCGGUUUGACAAGAGCGGUUGAUUACGACAACUCCGUAACGGCGGAACAAACAACCAGCGUAAUUUCCGACCCGAAAAAAAGGAAUUCGUAUAUGAUAGCGUCCCCGGUGGAAGCCCCCUACCCCGUUUAUAAGACAUCCGACUCUCGGUCCGAUAGUCUGAAGCACAUGUUCAGGGAGCCAUCCUCCUUAACUAACUGGGCUACUGCGGCUAUCACGCAGAAUUCCAAGAACAAAACCGUCAAAACGUUUAGAAAUGUGUAA